AUGUUAAUGUCCAAUUUAUGCGGACAAAACAUUAUAGAUGGUUAUGAUCUUUUCUUUGUUACUGCAUAUAAAGUUGAGUGGUAUAUAACUCCUCUAUAUAUACAAAAAUUCAUACUCUUUCUAUUAUUAAGAGGCAACAAGCAUUUUGGCCUAAGAGUUAGUGGAUUGUUCAUAGCGUCCUUGGAAUGUUUUUCAACGCUAGUAAAUGCGUCCUUGUCUUAUUUUAUUGUCAUCUACUCUAUGCGACAAUGA